AUGUUCAACCCAUACACUGAAGGAAAGGAUCACAGCACUAGCGCACCAGGGGAUGAGAAGAGCGUAUCGGGUCUCCAAGCUCGUAUACCGGAGUUUAUUCCGGAAGACCCCGAAUUUUGGCGGGCCCAGGUCGAAGCUCAAUUUAAGCUCGCCAGGGUAACCAAUCAAUUAGCCGAGUUCACCCAGCUAGUUGGUUACCUACCUCGAUCUAUGGCCCCAGGGCUCCGCGACAUUGUCUGUAAUCCACCUGCAGACCGACCCUACGACGCCCUCCGCGAUGCCAUUCUGGGCAGAUUUGGCAUGCCUGUAGAAUGCCGCCUGAAGCAACUUUUAGGUGGUUUACGUCUGGGAGACAACGGUCUCGACACUCCCACAAAACUUCUAAGUUACAUGCAGGGCCAGGCUGCCAGCCUGAACGACGAUGAAAACACCCUUGGCUUGUCCUGGCUACAAGUCGUGCCAAAGAGUUUGUCAUCGAUCCUCCAGUACUUUGGACAACGCUAUACCCUAACG